CGGGACCUUGCAGGUGGCCGGGCCGGUGGCGCCCGGUAAGCUCCGCCCGCGGGCGCUCCCGGGGCUUCCCCGCCCCUGAACUUGCUCGCUCCUCCUCGGUCUCGCCGUGCUUGCCCGGUGUCCCAGUGUCACCCGGUGUCCCAGUGUCACCACCACUCAGCCGCCGUCGCCGCCUGCCCAGCGCGCACUGCUGCCUCCGCCACCGCCGACAGCGCGCAUCCUCCGUGUCCCCACUCCACCGGUCGAGCAGGGACCACCAUGCACGUGAAGAAGUACCUGCUGAAGUGCCUGCAUCGGCUGCAGAAGGGCCCCGGCUACACGUACAAGGAGCUGCUGGUGUGGUACUGUGACAACACCAACACCCACGGCCCCAAGCGCAUCAUCUGCGAGGGGCCCAAGAAGAAGGCCAUGUGGUUCCUGAUCACCCUGCUCUUUGCCGCCCUUGUCUGCUGGCAGUGGGGCAUCUUCAUCAGAACCUACCUGAGCUGGGAAGUCAGCGUCUCCCUCUCCUUAGGCUUCAAGACCAUGGACUUCCCUGCCGUCACCAUCUGCAAUGCCAGCCCCUUCAAGUAUUCCAAAAUCAAGCAUUUGCUGAAGGACCUGGAUGAGCUGAUGGAAGCUGUCCUGGAGAGGAUCCUAGCUCCCGAGCUAAACCACGCCAAUGCCACCAAGGCCCUGAACUCCUCCAUCUGGAACCACACACCCCUGGUCCUUAUUGAUGAGCGGAACCACCACCACCCCGUGGUCCUCGACCUCUUUGGAGAUAGACACAAUGGCUCGUCAAACAGCUCAGCAUCAGAAAAGAUCUGUAAUGCCCAGGGGUGCAAAAUGGCCAUGAGACUAUGUAGCCUCAACGGGACCCAGUGCACCUUCCGAAACUUCACCAGCGCCACCCAGGCAGUGACAGAGUGGUAUGUCCUGCAGGCCACCAACAUCUUUGCACAGGUGCCGCAGGAGGAGCUGGUGGAAAUGAGCUACCCCGGCGAGCAGAUGAUCCUGGCCUGCCUCUUCGGGGCCGAGCCCUGCAACUAUCGGAACUUCACAUCCAUCUUCUACCCUCAUUAUGGUAACUGUUACAUCUUCAACUGGGGCAUGACAGAGAAGGCACUUCCUUCGGCCAACCCUGGAACUGAAUUUGGCCUGAAGUUGAUCCUGGACAUAGGCCAGGAAGACUAUGUUCCCUUCCUCACGUCCACGGCUGGGGUCAGGCUGAUGCUUCAUGAGCAGAGGUCGUACCCCUUCAUCAGAGAUGAGGGCAUCUACGCCAUGUCGGGGACGGAGACGUCCAUCGGGGUACUUGUGGACAAGCUGCAGCGCAUGGGAGAGCCCUACAGCCAGUGCACCGUGAACGGCUCUGAGGUCCCCAUCCCAAACUUCUACAGUGACUACAACACAACCUACUCCAUCCAGGCCUGUCUUCACUCCUGCUUCCAAGACCACAUGAUCCAUCACUGCAGCUGUGGCCACUACCUGUACCCACUGCCCCGUGGGGAGAAAUACUGCAACAACCGGGACUUCCCAGACUGGGCCCAUUGCUACUCAGAUCUGCAGAUGAGCGUGGCACAGAGAGAGACCUGCAUCGGCAUGUGCAAGGAGUCCUGCAAUGACACCCAGUACAAGAUGACCAUCUCCAUGGCCGACUGGCCUUCUGAGGCCUCUGAGGACUGGAUUUUCCAUGUCUUGUCUCAGGAGCGGGACCAAAGCACCAAUAUCACCCUGAGCAGGAAGGGAAUUGUCAAGCUCAACAUCUACUUCCAAGAAUUUAACUAUCGCACCAUUGAAGAAUCAGCAGCCAAUAAUAUCGUCUGGCUGCUCUCGAAUCUGGGUGGCCAGUUUGGCUUCUGGAUGGGGGGUUCUGUGCUGUGCCUCAUCGAGUUUGGGGAGAUCAUCAUCGACUUUGUGUGGAUCACCAUCAUCAAGCUGGUGGCCUUGGCCAAGAGCCUACGGCAGCGGCGAGCCCAAGCCAACUACUCCGGCCCACCGCCCACCGUGGCUGAGCUGGUGGAGGCCCACACCAACUUCAGCUUCCAGCCUGACACAUACCCCCACAGCCCCAACACUGGGUCCUACCCCAAUGAGCAGGCUCUGCCCAUCCCGGGCACCCCGCCCCCCAACUACGACUCCCUGCGUCUGCAGCCACUGGAUGUCAUCGAGUCCGAAAGCGAUGGUGAUGCCAUCUAACCCCGCCCCUGCCUACCCUGGCAGCUCGAACUCACUGAGCAGCCAAGACUGUUGCCCGAGGCCUCGUUGGAUGGUGCCCUCUCCAAAGGGUCAGGAGGGUAGCUGUCCAAGCCAGAGCCUGUGUCCUUCAACAGAGAGGCCCGUUCCUGGCCAAGGGCUCCGUAGGGUCACGGUGCUGGUAGAUGAUGCAGGAACUAAUUGUGUCUUCUUGUGGUUCCUGCCCUCAUCCCUAUCUUGACCCUUACUGGGGCCCGGAGAACCCCCAGAACACUCUCUCCUGGUGGCAGACAACUUCCUUCCCAGUGCCAGUCUCCGUCCACCCCAGAGAGGAACAGGCAGGUGGCCAUGUGGUCUUCUCCUUCCUGGCCUUGGCUGGCUCCCAGGGCAGGGGUGGUGGAGGGAUGGAAGGGCAUCAGCUGCGGGGGCCCUGCCAGGUGACACCUGAUUUACUCUAGGAAAUAAAAGUAGAAAAUACUGA